GCUUAUUCCAGAGGGGAGUAUGGUUCUUUUCUUCGCCUCCUACAGUGGAGCUGGAAGCUGUGACAGUAAAUGUAACCAUCCAGGACUUUGUAGCCGAUGUGGUGUCUGAGCUGUUUUUCCGCAAUAUGCAGCAAGUCUCUGAGGAGACCAUGUUUGUCUUUCCUGUGGACUCUGACACUGUUGUACACACCUUCUACGCUACCAUGGGGGACACUCGUAUUGAAGCAAUGCUCUGGGAGAAGGAGGAGGCCCAGCAGCUGUACAAAGCCACUUCAGGCAUGGAGAAUUUGAGAUACCUGCAGGACCAGUGGGAUCUUUGGGGUCCUGUCUUCGCUUGUUUCCUGGGGACCGUGCCUCCUAACACGGAGGUGGUCAUCAGCCUGUGCUAUGUCCAGGAGCUGCCACUGCAGCCUGAUGGAGCUGCCCAGUUUUGCUGGCCACACGAGCUGUUCCCCCAGCUAAAAUACAUUAGCUGGAUCCUUUCUGAGGAGGAGACGUUCGAAAACCUGCGCUUCAGCAUCUCUCUGAAGUCAGCCCGUGGUGUGUCCCAUAUAGUCAUGAACAGCAGCUACACCCCUCUGCAAUACACAGCUCCAGACCAGACGUCUGCUGAGGUCUCCUUGAAAUCGCUACCCUUGAUGUGGGAUGAUCUGGACUUGCUGGUGUAUUACAGAGAGUCUCAGACUCUCAGCGCUGUGGUGGAGAGGAGAGAUCCCAAAGCCCCACCUGGCUCUCUGCUGGGAGACCCUGUGGUGAUGGUGACACUGAUGCCCAACAUUCCUGAGGUGGUGCCCAGUCCAGGCCAGCUUGGGGAGUUCCUCUUUCUCAUGGACCGCAGCCUCUUCCAGGAUGCACAGAACACACUGCUCUUCCUCCUCAAGAGUUUGCCUCUGGGCUGUUACUUCAACAUCUACAGUUUUGGGGCCACUUUCAAAGCCUUCUAUCCGCAGAGUGUGGAAUACACGCAGGAAAGCAUGGACAAUGCAGUGAGGCGCAUCUCCUCCAUCUGCCCUGAUCUGGGGGGCUGUGACCUGUUGGGCCUCCUAAGGUCUAUCUACAGCACUCCUCACCUUCAUGGGCACCCCCGCCAGCUUUUCAUCUUCAUCCAAAGGAGGAUCUCCAGUGAAGAGGAAGCUGUCAUGGCUGAGGUCUACCGUUACCGGGACCACCACCGGUAA